AUGUCAGUCUCGAACCGCAAUUCCGCCGAUCUCGACCCUGCGGGACUGAGGCACGCGACCGACAUGUCGCACGAUGAUCGCGUCGGCCGUCUCGAGGACGCAAUUUCAAAUCCGGGAAGCGUCAAGAUCAACGUCGAGGGGGCCUUCAUCCUCGAUGAGGAUUCCUCCUCCAAGAGCCCCAUCGAAAGUGAGGGCGUUCACUACGAAAAUAAAGACAUCAGGCUACCGCAUCAUACGGGCCUGGUGAGCCAUGUUGCGGUGGAUAUUGGAGGAUCGCUCGCUAAAUUGGUCUAUUUCACACGGGAGCUGGACUCUGCUGACAAUGGCGGUCGCUUGAAUUUUAUCAAUUUCGAAACCGCUCGGAUAGACCUCUGCAUUGAUUUUAUCAAGCAGCUCAAAGAGGAACAUGAGAAGCUCGAUGGAUCCGAGGAAUUGUGCGUUGUCGCUACAGGUGGAGGGGCAUACAAAUAUUACGAUAAGUUGAGAGAGGUAUUGAACGUCAACGUUCUUCGGGAAGAUGAAAUGGAAUGCCUUAUUACCGGUCUUGACUUCUUCAUCACUGAAAUUCCCAAUGAGGUCUUCACCUACAGCGAAACACACCCUAUGAAAUUUGCGGAAGCGCGACCGGACGUUUAUCCAUACCUUCUGGUAAAUAUCGGGUCCGGAGUAUCAAUGAUCAAGGUGUCUGGCCCAAGGCAAUUCCAACGUGUCGGUGGAACGCAUCUGGGUGGAGGUACAUUCUGGGGCAUUAUGUCUUUGUUGACAGGUGCGAGGUCAUUUGAUGAGAUGUUAGCGAUGGCAGACCGAGGGGACAACAGCGGUGUUGAUAUGCUUGUUGGAGACAUAUACGGGAUGGAUUACAACAAGAUCGGACUGAAGAGCACCGCGAUCGCUAGCACAUUCGGAAAGGUCUUCAGAAUGAAGAGAGCAGCCGAGCGUGAAGCUGAGGAUGGGGAGGGCCUCAUCCAAAGUGACGCUGACCCAGGAAAUGAUCGUGGUGCCAAAUUCAGCCACGAGGACAUGAGUCGCAGCCUACUUUACGCCAUAAGUAACAACAUUGGUCAGAUCUCGUACCUCCAGUCAGAGAAGCACGAAGUCAAGCACAUAUACUUCGGCGGAUCAUUCAUCCGGGGCCAUCCCCAGACGAUGAAUACCUUGUCAUAUGCGAUAAGAUUCUGGUCGAAGGGCGAAAAACAAGCAUACUUCUUGCGGCAUGAGGGCUACCUGGGCGCUGUAGGAGCGUUCCUUCGAAGACAGCCGAUGAACUGGGGCCGUCGGGGCAGCGUUGAAGGCGCACCAAUCGCCCAUCCGAAAAUAAAUGAAUAA